UUGGAGUCGUCUGACCCCUCCAGCCCACCUUUCCCCACAAUACAGUAAUACCUAAACCUGAAGACAGCUUCCCCGGAUCUCCUCUCCCCACUUCCUCGUUACUACAUUAUUGACUCCAGAGCGUACCUAUCAUGUUCACGUAGCAUUUGUAUUUCCAUCCAGCAUUUCUUUCAACGCCAUGCAUUUCUCUUCUUCUGCUCUCAUCAUUGGCGCAAUUUCCCUUGGCGAAUCAUUUGCGGAAGCUGCCAAAUACGAUGGCCCAGACUACGAGUCCUUACCCCUAGAUACCAUCUUUCCUGGCCCUUGGGAGAGCAACAUACGUGCCCCUGUCAACAAGUCGCACAUUACGCCCGUGAGGAUAUUUGGUUAUGAGGGCGCGGUUUCGGGUGCAGAAGCUGUCCUUCAAGAUUCCGAGACGGAGGGCAUAAGUUGGGUGAUCAGCACUGGAGGCUUGAUCACUUUCGAAUUUGAGGAGAAUAUCGCUGGGAAGUAAGUGCUACAGAUUGCUAGAGAAGGAAGGCAUUUCUGCUGACAGGAUUCAGGGUUUGCUUCGAAGUGGAAGGAAUUGAGAAUCAUCCCUACCUUGUUCUCGCAUACUCCGAAUCUCCCUUCUUCACAGGUCGCGAAUGUGACGCGACUGGCGAUGCGCAAGCACGCGACCUGCCUCUAGCAUUCUCGAUAAAUACGACGGGCACGAAUUGUGUGGGUGGAGGGUACACCAGAGGGGCUUUCAAGUACCUGACGGUCUUCAUACCCGAGACUGACAUUCCUACGGAGGGAGGAUACCUCUGGCAUGAUGGGCACUUGGCCCCAAAGAGAGAGCAUACUGCUGUGCAGAAAAAAUCCUGGUAUAGCAUACUUGGCCAGAAAUACUUAGGAUGGAGCUCCCCUUCCAAGAACGACACGUCGAAACAGCCUGCUGUUACCAUUUCGAAACUUUGGGUCAACUGUACUGCAUUCCCCUCAAAUCCGAAUGGCCGGGCAUAUACUGGAUAUUUCGACAGUUCCUCCUCGAUGCUGAAUCGUGUUUGGUAUGCAGGUGCUUGGACACUACAGCUUUCGACGUUGGAUCCAACAGAAGGAGGAUCCCUGAUUGACUUCAAUCGCUUUUUUGAUCACAACACUGCCCCGCGCGGGGCAUGGUAUUCGAACUAUACCAUUGCGCAUGGGAAGACUGUGACUACAGAUGGAGCCAAGCGAGAUCGAAUGGUCUGGCCAGGAGAUAUGACUAUCGCCGUGCCUGGAAUUGCUGUUUCCACUUACGACAUGCUGGCUGUGAGGAAUGCGUUGGAUAUUAUCUAUGAACGACAAUAUUCCGAUGGAUCUAUGCCAUAUGCUGGACCGCCUAUGGGCGCUUUCGGAGAGUUCAGUGAUACAUACCAUCUUCACACUUUGAUCGGAACUUUUGAGUACAUUCUGUACACUGGAGAUCUAGACUGGCUGAAACCGAAGUGGGAUGCCUACUUGAGAGCACUAGUUAUCAGUGUCAAUAAGGUCGAUAGCACAGGACUUCUCCACGUGUCGUCUACAAACGACUGGAUUCGGCCAGGAAUGACGGGUCACAAUGUCGAGGCAUCAGCGAUUCUCUACGAAGUGCUUGGAAACAGCAUUAAACUAGCAAAAUGGAUUGGCAAGAGCACCUCAUCAAACGAUGAAAAAUGGUCAACCACGCGUGCCAGGAUUCAACAAGGCAUCUCAUCGAUCCUGUACUGUGAGCAGGAUGGUCUCUAUGCUGACAAUCUUGGACGACGUGGCUGCAAUGGACCUGAGAAGGUCCUGCCUCAAGACGGCAACAGCUGGGUCCUCAUGUCGAAUGUCUACACAUCUGACUCUGUUGCAUACAAUGUCUCCGAGAAUCUACGGAAGCGAUGGAUCAAGUAUGGCGCUCCAGCCGUAGAAUUCCCAAACGUCAUUUCUCCAUUUGCAUCGUCUUUCGAAUUGCUGGCCCACAGCGCAGCGAACAACAAUGAUGCCGCUGUAGAACUCAUCGAACUCAUGUGGGGAUAUAUGCUUGACGGUCCAGGAAUGACCAACUCGACCCUCCUGGAAGGCUACAGAAUCGAUGGCUACGUGCACUACCCUGCCUACUGGUCCCCAGCUCGGAAUUCCCACGCUCACGGAUGGGCCGCUGGCCCUACCACUGUCCUCAUGCAAGGUAUUCUAGGCAUCAAACUCCUUACUCCUCUUGGAAAGACGUGGGAAGUCACUCCCCAACUCACCAAGUGGCUGAGUUAUGCUCAAGGAGGCUUCGCCACCAAGCUGGGCAAAUUCGAAGUUUCCGUCUCGUUGAUGCACAGUCUCAGCACAGGCCGUAAAGUUGAAGCCCUGAAUGUCACGUAUCCAGCUGGUACAGCAGGUCUUGUAAAAUGGGGCGGCAAAGCCCAGAUCCGUACGGAAGACAUGAGCAAUAGCUUGAGCGUGUACCGACACUUAGAUAUUUUGACUAAGGCUGAUGAGGAGUGGCAGACGUGGACUGCAGACAACCUUGAAGACUUCGUAAAAGAUGAUACCUGGGUCAGACCACGGAUUGAGGAGAGGCCCGAGGGAGUAGUUAAUUGGAAGCUAUUGGAGGAGAAUUACGUUCUAGCGGAGCAGAAAUUCCAACCCGCUUCGAUUAUGAACAUGGGACAGAUGGACGAUUGGGAUCCUAGUAUUCUCGUCAUGAAGCCAGAAAGAUCGACUCAUGUCCAAGAAAAUCUCGUAUCAUCUACAGAGUCGAGCAAAACGAAACUGGAUGAUUCCAAGACGAUGCUCAUGAAUCUGGAGGAUACGCAAAAGGUGCGCUUGAAGAAAGAGCGGCUACGUCAGGAUCGUGAGCCGAUGUUCCAAGACCAACCGCAUCUUCACGAGGUUUUUAGAAACAUGGAAAUGCCAUAGGGGCCUAGGAAGGAUGAUGCGACCUCGCGACUUAGUGAGGGGGAUCAGGAGAAGAGUGCGGGUCUGGAGGUACUUAGGGAUGGAUGCAAUGGAUGCUGUUCUUAGGCGGCAGGCGAAGCAGACGGAUGAGGGACGACGUGAGGCGAGAAGGGACUUUUAAGAAUGGGUUUUGACUGAAAUGGACAGUAGAUCUCAGGACUGAAUAUUUAUGAAAGCAUCCUUUGCCAAGGACGUUUGGAAUUGAUACUGCGAUCCAGAACCAGGUGGGAUGAGGAAUUGCUCAAAGUUCUGCUCAAUCCAUUCAUCAUCUAAGCCCUACAUAAUUCUUCUUGAAAUGUGAAGAGCCAUUUCUGCAGAAGUAGUCGACCUUCCCGUUAUAGAGACCGGGAGACCAGGAUAAGGAGGACGCGCAGGGAAACUUUGCUCCUUGCACAGUACGCCCCUUUGUAAGAUCAACAAUAGCCUCUUUCAUUAGCAUCUCUCGCCGAAAAUUGCUAUCCUCCUCAUCUUAUGCUAUCAGCAAUGUAACAUAUUUGGUACAUCCACACGCAUCAAUUAUGGAUCUCCCCAAGGUCAUAAAAAGGUACACCGUUUCUUGAGUCUAGAAAAUGAGCAGCAAAAAUAGAAAUGAGUCGCAAACUCAUCCUGAUCAUCCUGACCAUCUUGCUCCUCGUCGCCCUCAUAUCUAUGCUGUGGCGGCGCCAUAUCACCUCUCCCUUUUCUCAGGUGACGAAAAUAGCUAUGUAUACCAGCACACUCUCCCAAUCCAUCGCUGAUAUUACUUUUGAGUUCGAUAAUCCACGUCUUCUCCGUGAGGAAGUGCUUUACUUCUCCGAUCAUGCAACCGAGUUCAACUUCGCUCUGCAUGGUCCAGGAACAAAGG